AUGGGACUGGGUGGUUGUGGAGACAAGUACGAGGAGAAGGGAGGUGGCACCAAGUACGAAGAGGACCAUGAUUCCGAGGAGGAGGAGAAGGGUGGCAAGGGGUACAAAGUCUUCGAGGAAUACGAGAAGGGGGAGCAAGGUCACCGUGACAUAGAAGACCAUCAGAAAAAGUACGACGAGAAGAGAGGGGAGGAGGAGGAGAAGCACGAGGAGGCCGAUCAUUACAAUGACAGUCAUCACGGAGAGAAGGGAGAGAAGGCAGCGGAGUUCGACGAGGAGGGGAAACACCAGAAGGGCUACAGCACCAAAGGGGAGCAUAGCAUCUUCAAAAAGGACGAGUACGAAAAGAAGCAUGACUUUUACGACGAGUACCACGAGGACGGCGAGAACGAGAAGCACGGAGGUUACCACCACGAACACGAGGGCAAGAAGGGCGGACACGAGAAGAUGGGGCACCUAGACUCCGGUCGUCGCGAGCAUCUCCACGGUAAGAAGAAGAAACACGAGGCAGGCCAUCACCGUCGCAAUCAAAAGGGUCGCAAACUUAACGACGGCAAUGACAGUCAUCAUCGACGCGAAAAGAAGUACGGCAUGAAGGGUGGACACGAAACGGGGAAACGAUGGUUUUCGACCAAUGGCCAUUAACACCUCAAUGAGUUAUAAUUGCUAAUGUAUUCAUUUAACUAAUUUAACGUCGAUAAUAAUCUCCAGGGCCUCUGGAAGUUAUACGGGGACGCGACACUACCGCCGCCCGCGGCUAAACGAGAUCUACAGGUAUCGGUAGGCGUGCCAUAUCGUCAGACUGACAAAUGAAUGGAUUUAUAAGUUUAGUAUAACAAAACAUUACAUAAAUUGACGACAAAGAAUCACUUAAUAACCUCAUCGAUUAACAUUUAAUGUAAAUGGGGGAUAGUCUCUUUUUUUACUUUUCCACUUAGGUUACCAGAUGAGUGUAGCGUUAAGUAGUAGAAAUCAACGAUU